AGUUCUCAGUUCAGUAACAAACACUCAGUCGUGUCACCCCUCAUCAGAAACCAAUUCCUCACCAAAUAAACAAUGGCGACAGCAGCGGUUCUUGCUCCCCAUGAUGUUCACACCAGCUUGAACUACUUUUCGGCAACCAACGAUGAAGCCCCAUACAAUUAUGUCCAAGCUCCCCCUCCAGGCGUACCCAAGAGCAAUGUCGGGGCAGAAUCGCACCCUACUGUCAUUCACGAUAUUCGUGGCCAAGAGCACACCGUCGGCUUAGACAAGACCGGUUUCCAGUUUGUUAAGCACGUGAGCGAAGAGAAGGACUUCUUGGAUGAUGCAGCCAUUGGGGCCAAGUACUACAAAGAAGUGGAGGAAUUACUGAAGAAGGAAGCUGGGGCAAAGAAGGUAUUCAUCUUUGACCACACAAUAAGGCGAAACUACAAGGACCAGUUGGGAGAUAACACCCGUGGCCCAGUGCAACGUGUACAUAUCGACCAAACUUUCGAAGCUUCUGUCCAAAGAGUCUAUCGUCACCUCGGCGACGACGCUGAACGUCUCCUCAAAGGGCGCGUCCGCAUCAUCAAUGUUUGGAGGCCUAUUGGAAACCCUGUUGCUCAUAACCCACUCGCUGUUGCUGAUUAUUUCUCCAUCGAUGUCGACCACGACCUUGUCUCUACACGCCAUAUCUACCCAGAUCGUGAAGGAGCCACUUUCAGCGUUCGUUAUAACCCUGGUCAUAAGUGGUACUUCCUCGCGGACCAGCGUCCAGACGAGGUAACACUGAUCAAGUGCUUCGACUCCGAUGUCGACAAGGCCAGGUUGACUCCUCAUUCGGCCUUUGUCGACUCUACGAGUCCCAGUGAUGCACCCCUCAGGCAGUCGAUCGAAGUACGGGCUUUAGUCUUUGAUACCGAGUAAAUGGCGAGUUAGUAAAUGAGGGAACUGUUGUGUUGUAAUCACAGAAAAUCAUGAAGAUGUAUUUGAUAGUCACUGUAAAUCAUUUUUGAUAAG